GACUAUUACAAACAUAUUACAGAGACUCAUUUACAGACUCAUUUAUUGUGACCAUCACUUAAUCGCUAAUCAUGCGAACACGAAAUCUCAUUAUUAUUACGCGGGACCCGUCCGGUCAAUCGGUUUGCCUUGCCAACCGAGAGAUUCGCUGUUAUCAAUGCGUUCGGUACAGCUCAGACAAAUAAUUGAUCAGACUGUGUAGGUAAUUACAGAGGUUAUAAUAGGGCGCCGACCCUCGACAACGAACAUUACAUAUUGAUGCAGCACAGUUAUAUAUAUAUAUAGAGAGAGAAACAGAUGUAUAGAAUAUUUAUCACAAUAUCCGGCGAUUAUAAUUUAUAUAGAAAUAAAGGUUAUAGCGCUUUCAUCUUUUCGAAUCUUCAGUGCUUAAUGUUUACAUAACUACCACUAUGACGUGUAUGCCGUCAUAGUUAUAAAGGGAGGUAAUGUUAUAACGUUAUUAAAUAUAAUAGCCUGUUCAGUUCGGGUUCAAAUAACCUGAUGAAGUAUAUUGUUCUUUCGAUUUCUUAGUUGCGGGGUCACCUUCGGGUCGACUUUCGUAAUACUUGAUUCUGUUACAUCCGAUACCUCGGUCCUCCUGUUGGGUUGCCUCGAUCAGCCUAAAAAAUAGUUUCUUGAUCGUUGUCCAACAUACGUGGUAGCGUCUCUUAUUAUUAUGUAUAUGUUAUACUGGGUUGCUUCUGCUCUUUACAAAUUUGCGAUUUCCAGGUCUUUGGCCGUUCUUUGUGUGUAUUGAUAUGUCCUGUUACGAGGUUUCUCGCUGAAUGUUUUCCUUAAAAAAAAAUAUAUAUCGUUAAUAUCAGCUUUAUAGCUGAUGUCGCCUGCAAUAUUGUGGUCGCUUGAGAGGUUUCCAUUCUUGCUAUUUGAUCGCAGGCUAGUCAACUGUUAUGCUAGCCGUCGGUACAUAACCUUUAUAGGUCUAUUAGUGGCGUUCUCUUCCCGGCUCCUAUCAGCUUAUUAUCAUCGCAGUUGCACGGCGUGAGUUCUUUUACCAUCAAUGAACUGCAGAGAAGAUAAAGGUCUAUCCGAACCGUCUCAAAGCUAAACUCGACAGGCGUGAAGUCAACUAAGCAUGUUUUUUAAUCAGACGUGUGAUAUGUGCGUUGGAUGAAUUGUAGACAACACCGUAACAUAGCAAUAUGAUUAUGCUGGAUCCACAUUUUAUGGUUCACAAUCGCACGCUGGUUUGUGCGGAUUAGUUUCACUAUAAAAGCAGUCGAGGUAAAAUGCAAUUUUCGAAAUAUUUUUCUGUAUGACUAAUAUUACUUUGAUGCGCCAGACAUCGCAGCGAUGAAAUCUUUUGAAGGAGAUUUGUUGCAGCCAAAUCUUGCUCUAUGCAGCGCGGCUGUUCAUAUUAGCUCGGCUUGCAACGAUAUUCUAUUAAUUUUAUUUGCUAUGUAUUAUACGGGUCAGAACUAUUCGCGGUAACACGAGGUGCCAAUGUAUCUACGGUUGUCGUGCUACCUUAUUACCAUUAUACCGUAUUGUGCGGGUGAAACUGAACUGAUACAAGCUAUAACAGUUGUUAAUUAAUAGGAUUCUUAACUAUAGGUGGUCGGCGUCACGCGUCUGUUGUCCGUAUGCCUUUAUCUAUUAGACAUUAACUGUUAUUUUUAACAGGUAAGGCUGUUAGGCGUGGUCAGCAUCACGGGGGCUUUAGCAGUCGCAAACCAGUGUUCAUGAUUUUUAGCGGGAGAAAGCGGUUAGGUUCGUGUUGAUUGCAGUGGUGGUUAGAGUCGGUUGUAGGGUUAGGGUUAGGAUUAAAGUUAGAGUUAGGAUUAGGGUUAGGGUUAAGGUUAGGGUGAGGGUUAGAGUUAGCGUUAGAGUUGUAGAAAAGCGCAGGCUUCUUCAGAUAUUAUUUACAUUUAUAAUUUCCCAUGAUUCUAUAUGAGCUAGCGUGCGGCGUCGCCGUACGGCGUAGGCAACCAAUAUGAAUUACGCCAUAUCCGCCGGGUGUCACCCGCCACAAGCUACCUGCGUCAUUUAUUAGUCGAACGCAUCUAUGAUGCUAAACUCAAGCUAGAGACUCGGGUUCUUCCUCCCAACCGAGCAGUCCAGUUUUUCCCGCGCUCGUGAUAUUUUCUUUGUCUCCUACACCAUUCCUUUAAUCCUCCUUCCUCCCACCACCUUCACUUCGCCGAGCUACUUCGCGAUCAACGUCUUUAAGGUACGAGGUUACUUGUAUUCGGUUACGUGUUCGGUCGGUGUUUGUAGACAUCUGUUUAGUAUCGUAGAGUGUUUGUUUAGGCUGUUAAAGUGCAAACCACCUGUGACGCAUAUUCUGUGGUGUAAUAGAACGCACGGAGAGUAGCUUUUAUAAUACAGUGUUCAUGUUAUCCAUCGAUGUAACCCGACGCUACCCUUAAGGUGACUACCUUACACAGGCUGAGAGGAAGGCGCGGAGCUUUCUUAGAGAGUUAGGGUUAGAGUUAGGGUUAGGGUUAGGGUUAGGGUUAGGGUAUAAGGGUUAGGGUUAGGUUAGGCGGUUAACUGUGAGUAUCAAGCCAUCAGAAAUCUAUGCUCGGUAGGCGGCUCAGCGUCUGUUGUCCGCCGUAUGCCUUCAUCUGUUAGACCUUAACUGUUUUUUUUGGCAGGUGAGGCUGUUAGAGGUGGCCAGCAUCACCGGGACUUUUGCAAUCGCAAGCCAGUAUUCAUGACUUUUAGCGGGAGAAAGCGUUUAUGUUCGUUUUUAUUGUCAUCGUACAUGGCGACGAAGUGGCGGUUAACUGGUAAUGUAAUCGGUUGCAAGCCAGGACGCAAGCUAUAAGGGGGUUAAUGGUUAUAGUUUAAUUUUAAAUAAGUAGAUUUUUAACAUCUAUCUUAGAAUCAGUGCAGGUGAAUUAUACCACGUGAUACCAUAUACUACGUGAGCUAUGCCAGGUCCGAAUGAGCAACUUGAGCGGUUUCUUACCUCACAACGGAGCAAUGCACAAGCUUGUGAUUGAGCUGUCAAGGCAAAAGAACAGCCAACGACUACUUAUUAUCAAGCCACACACAGGUUCAAAACUUCCACCAGACAGAUAUUGUCUAUUUGCCUGCAACUAUAGGCAAAGGGGCAAAAGGGUUGGUCCCAGACUACAACUGGGUGUUCAAAGCAUGACACCAAGGUUAAACAUUUCACCUCAACAAGGUGGAGCAACUUUGAGAACGGUUUCUCAGGCUGUGAGUAAGGUCAGUAAGUUACCUGGAGCUUGUUUAUCUCUGGUAACAAAGACGCCGACAUCACCUAUUAUAACUAUAGUCUCAAGACCAUCAGUAACUACUUCAGCAUCCCCAGUUAGUAGUUCUGUCGCCAAGCUGGUUACAGCGACAACACCUGUGGCAACUUUACCUCCAAGCAAGUCAUCAAGUAUGAUAGCUAGCUUGGUAACGAGGGCUCUGAAGCGGAAACGAGAGGAAGACGAGGACUAUAAUAAUCCAUAAUCUGCACUGUCUGUGUUGCUCAUAAGCCUUGUAUUUAUAUGUUAUUAUUAUCUAGUGUGUUGCAAAUCUUUUGCGUUUCCAUUCUCUGCGUUGUAUUUUUGUUAUCUUCUCUUCCACUGUCUCGUCUUUUAAUGUCAUUGGGUGGGUCGUCAUCUACUGCAUUUUCUUGUGCGCUACCAUCUGGUCUAUGUUGUCUUCUAUUGUAUUGCCAUGUAUUUUUGCAUAAAAUUUAAUUUAAUCAUUAGCUUUCUCAGACUACCGUGCUCGUCUUACGGUAGUUUAUUGAGUUACCUUGAUCAUAAAAAAAUAUUGAUAUUGUAGAUGUAUUAGUUCACAUAGUUUAUCACAACCGAUCUAACAUGCCUAAUCGUGAAUAAAUAUAGGAGUUCUUGCAGUUAAA